AUGAUCGCUUUCACUCCCCCCACCACGUCCACCCGCACCCAACAACUUCCAACUUCCGACCCUUUCCGACAACCGCUCAACGCCGCUGCGCUCCAUCACUCCCUCGCUCCUGACUUUUCCCUCAGAAAUGCCGGAAUCUUUCCCAUCAAACGAACGACGGUCAACAAAGGCUGGUGUCCUCCAAAAACACCCCCCACCAACACUCCUCCAAUCCUUCGGUCUCAUCCGGAGGGCGAUGUCCCCCAGUACUCUAUCGGUCUCAUGUAUGCGAGAAAUGUGGUGCUCUUCACUGGGCAGGCGAACGUCCAGCCAUCGCCAGACACUCUCCCUCUCAUGAAGCCGCCUUCUCUUCCUGCUGUUCAGGGUCAAGGUACAGCAUUCAUACAAGCCAUCGACUCGGACCGCCCUGGUGUCAAGUUCUUCCAGUCUAUAGUUGACACUAUUGAUGGCGAGAACCCUCUCACUAUCCUCUCUAACAAGCGGCACAACGGCAGGGAGAUCAUCUGGAGAGCAAAUUUUGGCUCCAUGUAA